AUGGAUAGAAAUGAACAAAGAUUUAGGUUUUGUGGUGAUCUUGACUGCCCUGAUUGGGUUCUGGCAAAAACUAGUACAUUAUCAAAAGUGACAUCGGUGAAGAUCAAAUUACUCUGCGUACAAGUCAUCAAAGAUCUACUGGAUGCUGGAAUUGAUUAUGAUAAAGUCUACAAAUUAACAGCUGAUGCUAAAUUUGAGACUAGAGAUGUAAAAGCCAGUGUUGCUGUAUUGUCAUUUAUCUUGUGUUCUGCUGCCAAGUAUAAUGUUGAUGGUGAAUCACUGAGCAAUGAACUACAAAAAUUAGGUCUGCCGAAAGAACACGCUACAGCACUAACAAAAUCCUACAGUGACAGUUUAGAAAAAUUACAGGCUCAACUGAGAAAACAUAGUCUGAGGUUGUCACAGUUGGACUCUGUUGAAUGGAGAGUUGAUUACAUAUUAAGUUCUAGUCACUUGAAGAGUAUCGAUGAACCGUGUGUACAACUAAGGUUAAAAGUCAGGGAUCCAAAUACAGAUAAUGUCAAACCAGUCACGUUUACUGUCACAGCUGAUAAAUUCCGGAUUUUGUUAAAUGAGUUGAAGCAUGCAGAUUCUUUGAUGGAGAACUUAUCAAGCUGACAAAGAUGAAGACAAGGAUAUAAUUCAAAUUUAAUACUCGGAACUUAUUGAAUGAAUAAGUUGUCUGAUUUUGUAUGUACAGUUCUUAAUUACUGUGUGUCCAAAUUGCCUUAAAAAUUGAAUUUUGAUUUAAAAUGAAUGAUAAUGUAUUCUAUUGCAAUUAAUUUUGCACAGUUAUGAAAUUCAUAAGAAGAACAAAAGAGGGACGAAAGAUACCAGAGGGACAGUCAAACUCAUAGAUUGAAAACAAACUGACAACGCCAUGGCCACAAAUAAAAAGACAAAUAGACAAAUAAUAAUACAGAUGACACAACAUAGAAAACUAAAGACUAAGCAACACGAACCCCACAAAAAACUGGGGGUGAUCUCAUGUGCUCCUUAAGGGUAAGCAGAUCCUGCUCCACAUGUGGCACCCGUCGUGUUGUAUAAUGAAUAUAGAAUUCCAAAUUAACUCAUCAUAGAUACCAGGGUUAAAAUUUUUUAUCCCAGAUGUGCGUUUUGUCUACAAAAGAGUCAUCAGUUACGCUUGAAUAAAAAA